CUUUGUGAAUGGCCCCAUAGUCUUCUGGGACCUGUCAUCAGCGGAAUGGUCCGCAGUCUCUGGUCAUCUCCUGUAUUAUGUCUGCAGUCUCUGGUCAUCCCUGUACUAUAUCUGCAGUCUCUAGUCAUCCCCUGUACUUUGUUCAAAGUCUCUGGUCAUCUCCUGUACUGUGUCUGCAGUCUCUGGUCAUCCCCUGUACUAUGUCCACAGUCUCUGGUCAUCCCCUGUACUAUGUCCGCAGUCUCUGGUCAUCCCGUACUAUGUCCGCAGUCUCUGGUCAUCUCCUGUACUAUGUCCGCAGUCUCUGGUCAUCUCCAGUACUGUGUCUGCAGUCUCUGGUCAUCUCCUGUACUGUGUCCGCAGUCUCUGGUCAUCUCCUGUACUGUGUCUGCAGUCUCUGGUCAUCCCCUGUACUAUGUCCACAGUCUCUGGUCAUCCCCUGUACUAUGUCCGCAGUCUCUGGUCAUCUCCUGUACUGUGCCCGCAGUCUCUGGUCAUCUCCUGUACUGUGUCCGCAGUCUCUGGUCAUCUCCUGUACUGUGUCCGCAGUCUCUGGUCAUCUCC